AUGGGUUCUCUAUACUCUAAUAUUUUUCCGAAUUGGUGUUUUACAAAUAAUAACCCUUGGCUUGAUAAAGGAAGGAUAGUUGUUGCAUGGCUGCCAAGUUUGUUUACUGUUGAUAUUAGCUUAUGUACAACUCAAUUAAUCCAUUGUGUUGUGCACCCAAGACAGAAACAAGACAGCUUUGAUGUUACAUUUGUGUAUGGAUUUAAUGAAGAUAAGAAGAGAGCUCAACUUUGGAUUGAGUUGGAAGAGAUUUCAAUGCAAAUACAGGGGCCUUGGAUAGUUAUGGGGGAUUUUAAUGAUAUUCUGUUUAACAAUGAAAGAGUGGGAAAAGGAUCUACUAAAAGUCCUACUCAAGAUUUUCGAGAUUGUGUGGAAAAGUGUAACUUGGAAGACCUGAAAUAUUCUGGGAUUUUUUAUACCUGGAAUAAUAAGCAAAAGUCAGAGGAUCGAGUUUUCUCUAAGCUAGAUCGAGCCUUAGUUAAUCCUCAAUGGACAGAUUGUUUUCAGUUUUCGGAGGCUAAUUUUUUACCUAAGGGAUGCUUUGAUCACAGCCCCAUCUUGGUCUCUCUUUACCAGGAUGUGAUUAGUGGCAGAAAACCAUUUCGAUACUUUCGAAUGUGGAAGGAUGCAGAUGAAUUUGGUGAACAAAUUGCUAAGAAAAUGAUGGCUAAGGAGGAAUUGGUGGUUUUGCAGGAAAAAGUGAAUAAAGUCCCCCAAGACUCUCGUUUACAGAAUGAGGAACAAGUGGCUCGGGACAAAUAUGCUAAAGUAUACAAGGCUUAUUCUCUCUUCUUAGCUCAGAAAGCAAAAAUUUCUUGGGCUAAAAAUGGAGAUGAAAACACAGCAAUAUUUCAUGCUUCACUGAGGGAAGCCUUUUUACAGUAUUAUCAGCAGCUACUUGGCUCUGAGAUGCAAAACAGACAUCGGGUGAAGAAAUGUAUAAUCAAUCUUGGGCCAAAAAUUUCAGAGGUGCAUUCCAGCAGGCUUGAAACCGAGUACAUAGCUCAGGAGAUCAAAGAAGCUAUAUUUUCUAUCCCUGGUUUGAAGGCUCCAGGCCCGGAUGGUUUUGGAAGCUGUUUCUACCAAGAUAACUGGGAUUUGGUUGGUUCUGAUGUGGUAUCUGCUGUUCUGUCUUUUCUGAGAUCAGGAAAAAUUCUUAAGGCAAUUAAUACGACAACCAUUACACUUAUUCCUAAGAGCAGUUGUUCGCGAAGUGUGAGUGAUUUUCGGCCUAUCUCGUGUUGCAAUGUGAUUUAUAAGGCUGCAUUGAAAGUGAUUUGCUCGAGAUUGAGACAAAUUUUGCCUGACUUAAUUGCUGAAAACCAGGGGGGUUUUGUACAUGGAAGAUACAUUGCCCAUAAUAUCAUGGUGUGUCAGGAUUUGGUGAGAUUAUAUGGGCGGAGCAAUUGCAAACCUAGCUGUAUGAUAAAAAUUGACUUAAGGAAAGCAUAUGACACAAUAGAAUGGGGGUUCAUUGAAGAGAUGCUCAAGGCUUUUGAUUUUCCUCAAUCUUUUUCAGAUUUAAUAAUGGCGUGUGUAACAACUCCCAUGUUUUCCUUGCUUAUCAAUGGCUCUUUAUAG